ACUGUUUCUGGUAUGUCAGAUAUGGAUUAUCCUUUGCAAGGACCAGGUUUGCUGUCAAUACCUAAUCUUCCAGAGAUCAGCUCCGUCCGCAGAGUCCCACUUCCCCCAGAGCUAGUGGAACAGUUUGGACAUAUGCAGUGCAAUUGUAUGAUGGGAGUAUUUCCAGAAAUCAGCAGAGCUUGGCUCACCAUCGACAGUGACAUUUUUAUGUGGAACUAUGAAGAUGGGGGAGAUCUGGCUUAUUUUGAUGGUCUUAGUGAAACUAUUCUUGCAGUGGGUCUUGUAAAGCCAAAGGGAGGUAUCUUCCAGCCUCAUGUACGACACUUACUUGUUUUGGCUACCCCCGUGGAUAUUGUGAUUUUAGGGCUCAGUUGUGCUAAUAUACAAGCAGGUACUGGAUCGCUCAAUGACAGUAUGUCUGGCGGAAUGCAGCUGCUACCAGACCCUCUCUAUUCGCUGCCUACUGACAAUACUUACAUUCUGGCAAUAACAUCCACUGAUAACGGGCGUAUCUUUUUGGCUGGAAAAGAUGGCUGCUUAUAUGAAGUAGCAUACCAGGCUGAAGCAGGCUGGUUUAGCCAGCGCUGUAGAAAAAUUAAUCACUCAAAGAGCGCACUGUCUUUCCUUAUUCCUUCAUUGCUACAGUUCACAUUCUCAGAGGAUGAUCCUGUAGUUCAAAUCGCCAUUGACAACUCUCGAAAUAUCUUACACACCCGCUCAGAAAAAGGAGUGCUGCAAGUUUACGAUUUGGGACAAGAUGGUCAAGGAAUGACCAGGAUUACUUCUCUUUCACAAAAUGCUAUAGUUUCUGCUGCUGGGAGCAUUGCGAGAACAAUAGAUCGUUCUGUAUUUAAGCCUAUUGUUCAAAUAGCAGUAAUUGAAAAUUCUGAAUCCAUAGACUGUCAACUACUAGCAAUCACACAUGCAGGUGUCCGACUGUAUUUUAGUACUUCACAAUUUAAGCAUCCAACAGCUCGUCCCUCCAUGUUAACCUUGGUUCAUGUCCGUUUGCCGCCUGGAUUUUCAGCUUCUUCUAAUGUGGAGAAGCCUGCAAAGGUUCACAGAGCUCUUUAUAGCAAAGGGGUCCUGCUGAUGGCAGCUUCAGAAAAUGAGGAUAAUGACAUCCUGUGGUGUAUCAAUCAUGAUUCUUUCCCUUUUCAAAAGCCAAUGAUGGAAACACAGAUGACCACCCGUGUUGAUGGACAUUCCUGGGCUCUUUCUGCUAUCGAUGAAUUUAAAGUUCAGAAGAUUGUAACACCACUAAAUAAAGACAUUAUUCCAAUAACUGAUUCACCUGUUGUUGUGCAGCAACACAUGCUGCCACCUAAGAAGUUUGUUCUACUUUCAGCCCAGGGGAGCUUUAUGUUUCAUAAACUCAGACCUGUCGAUCAGCUGCGGCAUCUGCUUGUUAGCAAUAUAGGUGGAGAUGGAGAAGAGAUUGAAAGAUUUUUCAAGUUGCAUCAGGAGGAUCAGGCCUGUGCCACUUGCCUUAUCUUGGCCUGUUCUAAUGCUGCAUGUGAUAGAGAAGUAUCUGCCUGGGCUACUCGAGCAUUUUUCAGGUAUGGUGGAGAAGCACAAAUGAGAUUUCCGUCAGCUCUGCCUCCUCCAAGCAAUGUUGGACCUAUUUUGGGUUCUCCUAUUCCUGAACUUGUUAAUUUCCAAGAUUCUUAUCUGACAUGUGGCAUUCAAUUUUACAUGUCAGACUUGGGAAAAAACUUGAUUGCCUGGAAUGCAAAGAAAUUCCAUUUCAGUUCCCCCUUGACUAUUGAUGGUCCAUAUCCUAAUCUUAGUUUUUUGACACCACCUGGACAAGGUCUACAACCUCCUAGUAUGUCAACUCCCAUGUUUCCUCCUGGGAAUUCCAUGUCUCACCCUGGUACAUCCAUUAGUGGAAUGAUGGGUCCCGAGAUAGUAUUUUCUGGAAGGCACAAUGGCAUCUGCAUAUACUUUGCUCGGAUUAUAGGAAAUAUUUGGGAUGGCAGUAUAGUUGUGGAGAGAGUUUUCAAAAGUGGCAAUCGAGAAGUUGUUGCAGUAGAAAGCAGUGUUCCAUCCCAUGUGCUGGAAUGUGUACUACAAGAACUAAAAGGUUUACAAGAAUUUCUGGAUAGAAAUUCACAGUUUGCUACAGUAGGAGCCCUUGGAAACCCAAGCACACCAGCCAAUCUGCAACAGAGGCUCCUGGGUUUCAUGCGGCCUGAUGGUGGAAGUUCUCAGCAAGUCCAGCAAGAGCUCCAGAGGAAAUAUCAUGCUGAGGCACAGCUAACUGAGAAGACCUCGCUUCAAGGCAUCCAGCAGCUUGUUCGCAAAACCUGUCAGGCAUUGGCUUUAUGGAAGUUGCUGUGUGAGCACCAAUUCAGUGUUGUUGUAGGGGAGCUUCAGAAGGAACUUCAAGAACACCUGAAGAUUACUGCUUUCAAAGACUUGGUAAUUAGAGACAGAGAGUUGACUGGAGCACUCAUUGCUUCUCUCAUAAACUGUUAUAUCAGAGAUAAUGCUGCUGUGGAUGGCAUCAUUGCCCAUUUGCAAGAUAUCUGUCCUCUUCUUUAUAGCACUGAUGAUGCUGUGUGUUCCAAGGCAAAUGAACUGCUUCAGCGGUCUCGACAGGCUCAGAGCAAACUGGAAAAAGAAAAGAUGCUAAGAGAGUCACUGAAAGAGUACCAGAAGAUCAGCAAUCAAGUAGAUCUUGCUAAUGUUUGUGCGCAAUAUAGGCAAGUGCGUUUCUAUGAGGGAGUAGUAGAACUCUCUCUUACAGCUGCUGAGAAGAAAGAUCCCCAAGGUCUUGGCCUUCAUUUCUAUAAAAACGGAGAACCAGAAGAGGAUAUUGUUGGACUCCAAGCUUUUCAAGAGAGGUUGAACAGCUACAAGUGUAUCACUGACACCCUUCAAGAAUUAGUGAAUCAAAGUAAAGCUGCUCCUCAGUCUCCCAGUGUACCCAAAAAGCCAGGUCCUCCAGUGCUGUCAUCUGACCCCAACAUGCUAAGCAAUGAAGAAGCAGGGCAUCAUUUUGAACAAAUGCUAAAGCUGGCUCAGCGUUCAACAGAUGAACUCUUCAGUAUUGCACUUUACAACUGGUUGAUACAAGUUGACUUGGCAGACAAACUGUUACAGGUUACCGCCCCCUUUUUGGAACCCUACCUUGUGCGGAUGACCAAGAUUGACCAAAACAAAGUCCGUUAUAUGGAUUUACUGUGGAGAUACUUUGAAAAGAACAGAAAUUUUAGUAAUGCAGCCAGAGUCUUGGCUAAGUUGGCUGACCUGCAUAGCACAGAAAUUUCUCUUCAGCAGCGUCUUGAAUACAUUGCACGUGCCAUUUUGAGUGCUAAAAGUUCCACUGCCAUAUCCUCUAUAGCUGCAGAUGGUGAAUUCCUACAUGAACUAGAAGAGAAAAUGGAAGUUGCGAGGAUCCAGCUUCAAAUACAAGAAACAUUACAACGGCACUAUUCCCAUCAUUCUUCAGUGCAAGAUGCAAUCUCCCAGCUUGAUGCUGAGCUGAUGGAUAUAACCAAGCUGUAUGGAGAAUUUGCUGACCCUUUUAAACUCUCGGAGUGCAAGCUUGCAAUUAUACACUGUGCAGGUCAUUCUGAUCCUAUCUUGGUGCAAACUCUCUGGCAAGAAAUCAUUGAGAAAGAGUUGAGCGAUAGUGUGUCUCUGAGCCCCGCGGACAGAAUGCAAGCACUUAGUCUGAAGAUGGUAUUGCUGGGAAAGAUAUAUGCUGGCACACCUCGUUACUUUCCUUUAGAUUUUUUAGUGCAGUUUCUAGAGCAACAGGUCUGCACUUUGAACUGGGAUGUAGGUUUUGUAACAUAUACCAUGCAAGAAAUUGGAGUGCCAUUGCCCAGGCUGCUUGAAGUAUAUGACCAGUUGUUUAAAGCACGGGACCCAUAUUGGAAUAGAAUGAAAAAGCCUUUACACCUUUUAGAGUGUAUUCAUGUGUUAUUAUCAGGAUAUGUACAUGAUCCAAGCAGAGUACUUCUGAGGUAAGAAAGGCGACGAUUCACAAAUGUUUGCUUGGAUGCUGUUAGUUGCUACCUGGUUGAACUUCAGUCUAUGAGCCCGACGCUAAUGGUGCAGACUACAGUUGGGAAUUUUAAAUCACUACAGGCUAAAUUAGAACGGCUUCACUGA